AUGUCCAGGAGCUCAGCUCGCAGAGACUGUCCUCUAAGCGUUUCAAAACCAGUUGUAUAUACGAAGAGCCUUGAUACAGGAAAGCAAUCAACUCGACCGUAUUCAGCAGGAGGAAAAAGUCAAGACAGUGGUUUUGUUACCAAUACCGGGACUAUAGGAAGUGAUCAAGAAGGAAGUGAACUGAGUCCUCCUCUUCCCGUCUAUUCGUGGGAGUCGACUGCUGAGGAAGUCGCUGUAAAACCUAGGACCAGCAUGCCUCUGAGAAGCACUAGCAGGUCCAUGGAGCGUCUGUCUAGAAGCGCAUUUGAGCUUGAUAUUCCCGAUAUGCGCACAGCACGGGAAGAGAGAGAACGCAGUCGGCGCGAGAUGCGUGAGCUAAAUGAGAAGCUAGCGGAACAAGUAGAGGGUAUGCGUUACUUGUCUGCUCGCAAUCGACAACUAACGGAUGAAAUUUCGAACCUAAAAUCCCGUUGGCUGACUGAAUCGGAAAAAACAAAGGAAAUCUACGAAGGAGAAUUGCGACAACUUCGGCAACUUCUAGAUGAUUCAGACAGGGAAAAGGCUGAAAGCCUUGCGAAGUUGCUCUCUCUGCAACAAUUUAGCAGGAAUCAGGAAGCUCAGAUGGAUAGGCUGACUCAAGAAAAUGACAAGGUAAAAAGACGACUAGAACAGGCUUUUGACGAUAUGAACAAGCGAGAUAGCGACUUCAGCACACUCCAGCGCAAACUCAGUGAUCUCGAAAGCGAACUGGAAAAGGAGAGAAUGAAUUCUGAAAAGUUGCGACGUGAUAAUGAAACUAUUUGUCAAGCAAGUCUUUCCCAUCUGGAUGAGGAAACAGCAAACCGCAUAUCUGGUCAGUCAGAGAUGCAAACGCUGCGAGAGGAAAUUGAUUUCAUGCGUCGGGCCCAUCAGGAGGAGAUAAGAGAGAUGCACCGUACGUUGAAUGAAGUUGGACGCGGUUGUGAUCGCGAAAUGUGGCAGACUGAGCUUAGCCAAGCAGUCCAUGACAUUCAAAAUCGUUACGAUGACCAGCUAGAGAAGCUUAAAGUCGAUAUGGAAGAAAUGUACAAUGCGAGGCUUCGCGAACUGGGAAAGGUGAAUCCAGAGCGGAAGACUGAGCUCAACGCUCUCAAGUCGGAGAACUCUAGGCUUAGGCAGAACUCAGAUGGUAUGCGGGAGCAGAUAGCGCAACUCCAAUCUAAGAACGCCUAUCUGGAGAAGGCGAUGCGUGACGUGUCGACCGAAGCGGAGGAACUACGCCGACGCAUCGAAGCUGAGUUGACAGAGUCAGCGAAGGAGAGGGAGGCAGCAGAGGAAGCGUUAGCGAAGGCACACAGCGAGAUGGCGGCCCUCAUGGAUGUGAAGUUAAACCUGGAGGGAGAGAUUGCAGCUUACGGACGUCUGCUUGAUGCCCAGGGAGGCAUUCUCAGCGGUGGCAGUAGAGGAGAUGUUAGGGAGAACGUCUGUGGCCCGACUAAUAGAACUCGAUCUUCGCGAGAAGUCCUAUCUAAACCACGACCUUCCAGCAUGAGUCCCCAAAGACGAGUAAUUCCUCCUAUAUCUAGCUCGGAUAUGUCCCAGCCGGAGCCGCGGAAGCCUAGAGUGACUGUGCCAAGUAGUCGCGAAUUGUUUCCGUGGAAGAAACAGAAUCGAUACUGCAAUUUAGGCAUAUCAGGUGUGAUGCCUAUACCCCACAGACUUCAUGAGAGAAGCGACCCAUCGGGAUCAUCUUUUCGAUCAAGAGCGGUAGAAUUCGAUGGCGAAAAGCGAGCGGAUCAAAGGGGAAUACGAGGCGAAUUGACUGCACGAACUCAGUUUGACAAAUCUUACAAAGGUGCAAUCUCAAUUGAUGAGUGCUCCCCCGAUGGUCGAUAUAUCGUCAUAACAAAUAACGGAAACACGGCAGAGAAUUUAAAUGGGUGGCGAAUAGUCCGAAACAUCGAACAUGGCAAGCAAAUAAUCCGUUUCACCUUUGGCGAUACACCAAUGUUGCCGAAAAGCAGCCGAAGAAUUUGGGCUAGAGGUCAACGUGGCCUGGAUGCAGGACCAAAGGACUUGGAAUCACCAUACUCAACGUGGGGUGUUGGUGGAUAUAUUUAUACAACACUGUUCACAAUGGAUGGUGAGGAACGUGCUACGCAUGCCCAACGUGCAGAAUUUAACUUAAGCUGA